UAAACGUAAACUUCCGGCACUCGGCUUCGUAGUAAUCACGUGACACGACUCAAGGCGGAAGUACGCACUAAGAUCAACAGAUAGUUCGAUAGUUUCGCUUCUACAUGAAACCUCUGCGAUUUGGCAAUCAAACGACAACACUUCAGAGAGAAUAUAUUGCAUUGAAGUAUCCUCAAGCCUGACUUUUGGAGCAAUUUUGCUGAUAAAGAAACAUUUAUGACACUGUGCUACAAUCUUGUAACCAGGCGUCCUCUCCCAUUUGAACAACAGUCUUUUUCGAUUAUUGAAAAUCACCCAACAACUGCAGCUCUUUCGUUAUUAAAGAUGGCUGAAACGGGUGUUUCAGAUUCUCUCCCCAAGAAACGGGGAACAUCCCGUAGUGCUGUCCACUUGUGGGAGUUUUUGUUGGAGCUUUUAGCAGACGAAAGAUAUUCUUCGCUGAUAACGUGGACAAAACGGGAAAAUGGAGAAUUGAAACUUCGCAAUCAGGAAGAAGUUGCGAAGCGCUGGGGUGAGCUGAAACAACGACCAGGAAUGAAUUAUGAUAAACUAAGCCGGGCCCUCAGAUAUUAUUAUCAAAAGAAUAUCAUCAGAAAGGUCAGUGGCCAACGGCUAGUCUACAAAUUUGUAGAUCUACCGUAUAAUUACAAGCCAAUCAAAAAUCUUUAUGACAGUGGAAUUCUGGAGAAGCACGACGAAACCAAACCUACAGAGAAGUACCAGAAGACCUCUUCUACACGAGAAGUCUUCCAAGUAAUUUCUCAUCCAAACUACAUAACGACUCAAAACAUCCCAAACUUCACAGAUCCACAGGAGCCAAUCAGAAGCAGGCAUGAUGUUCACGUGUCUCCUGUACGAAACGUGUGUUACUUUAAUGAGGCGAGUCAUGGAAAAAGGCACAUUUCAGUGCCUGUUAUCAUGAAAUGUGGUCAUCCAUCAGCUCUACCGCAAAAGGUGAUCCCGGCCGAUGGCCAUGCGCUUGCAUAAAAAUUUUAGUCGGGUUUAGCCUGUCAUAGUAGAGUAGUUUGUUGUAAACCGUAGGGAUAAUCAUGUAAGUGUCACGCAUUCUUUCAUAAGUUUGGGAUAGAACAGAUGUAACGCAACAUUUAAGAAGACACGCGGGUCACGAUGCUCUUUGGGAAAGACAGCGUACUGCUGUUUUUAAGAAUCGUUACAGUUUACUUCGUUCACAGUCUCUUCAACUGUUUUUACAACAUUUAUUAAAUCAUUCCUUAUAGUUGUAAGAUUUUUACAUCAUUGAUUAACUCAUUCCUCUUUAAGUUGUAUAAUUUUCGAAGAUUCAUGUCCUCUAAAACUAGUGUUGAUUAUUCUUUGUUAAAACUUUCGUAGGGUGAUCUAGCUUUAAAAGUGUGGUAAGAAACAUGAGUAAGUUAGCAUGUUAGCUGUAGCAGGUGCAUCGAGAUCUAGGAUCUGUUUUAGCCUUGUUUUCUUUUCGUGUUUGGAAAAAUACGGUUAAACCUUUCUAGUACUGUAAAGGUUAUCAAAAACCUGUAAGGGGGGGUAUCGACCUCCCUUGUGAUCAGAGCGUUCUCAAUUACCACCCGCUACUUUAAAAAGUAAUAAUAUAUUUGGCAAGUCCUUCAAAACGUCGAUCAAAUAAACGUUUUGAGAUAGCUCCCCUCCUCCCCCCUCCUCCUCCCCUCCUCCCAACCAACACGUAUGGAAGUAGGGCAAUUCAGAACUAGUUUUCACGAAGGAAGGGGGGGGAAAGAGGGAGGGAUGCCUAUGCGUGUUUGAUGAUCGAGAAAAUAUUUUCUGAGCGUUAACUGUCAACAUCUUAUCAUUUCUAGUUUGCUGUCAAAUAGAUUAUAAAAAGUAGACUUUUAUUGUACUCAGAUCUUUAUUCCGUAUGAUAUUAUCUUUUUAGAAUUCUCAGCCUUAAAUUUUUCUACAUGCUAUCUUCGUAUCAGAGUAGUUGUCAUAAAUUAGUUUUUUCUUAGAACAAUUUUUCAUAACUGGAGGCCAGAAUUAUUAUUUUGUGUUAAUAUACUGUCAGCAUGUUCCACGCGUUCAGUCCAUAAAACAAAGUCCGAUCGUAAAAGACGCUAUAGCAGCGAAGGAGUGGGAAAAGCGAGAGAGGUUUGGAUUGAGUCGCAUCGAUCGUCGUUCUUUACUCAACUCAACCCAAACCUCCGUCGCUUCUUCACUCUGCCGCAACUAUCACCACGUUUCCUUUUUCGCUCUGUUUUACUGAGUGAAUAGCUGGAACAGAGUAAUAUGCUGUAAGAGGAGAAUAUAGAUUCAGAUUAAUUAACAGAAAAAUCGUUUCGGAAGGAAUAUAUAUGGAUAUAUAGACACGACAACGUGCUCUAGAUGUACGAUUUCAAUCAUUUCAGUUUUUAGAUAACAUUUCAGUGCAUGCAGAAAAGCAGCGUUGGUUUUUCCAGCUUUAAUUUUUUGUAUCUCACAAGGUAACUCGUGUAAAGAUGUAACUUGUUUUAGCUGUCAAAAUACAAAAAGGCCUUAAAAAUAGUGGUACCUAAGUACAAUAAAGAAUUUUUUCUGGGAGUAAAGAAAA